ACGCUGGUCUGCCGGCGCCGGCGAGCCACGCUGCGUCUGUCGCCGCGGCCGGGGCUGGGACGAGGAGGCGGCGGCGGCGGCGGCCGCGGUAGCAGGCGGUCGUCCCCUCGCAGAGCGGGCGCGGCGGCCGCGCCGGGAUCCCCAGGAGGCGGCACGGGGCGUGAAUGCUCUGGGGGCGCAGCCAGGCCUGCGCGGGCCCGAGGCUGGAAGAACCGGGGCUCCUGCGUCGCGGUAAUUGAAACAAAGGCGCAUACCUUGAAGGCAGUAGCACCUCCUACCACUGGCAACUGAUUCUCACGGAAAUCUGUUAAUUCUACUUUUUGAGCACUUAUGAAUAACCACGCAUCUUCAAAACCAGCUACCAUGAAGCUAAAACAGACCAUCAACCCCAUUCUUUUGUAUUUCAUACAUUUUAUGAUAUCACUUUAUACUGUUAUAACAUAUAUUCCGUAUUAUUUUCUGUUUGAGACAAGACAAGAAAAAUCAAACCGAAUUAAAGCAAAGCCUGUGAAUUCAAAACCUGAAUCUGCAUACAGAUCCGUUAACAGUUUGGACGGCUUGGCCUCCGUACUAUACCCUGGAUGUGACACGCUGGAUAAAGUUUUCAUGUAUGCCAAAAAGAAAUUUAAGGGCAAAAGACUCUUGGGGACACGUGAAAUUUUAAAUGAGGAAGAUGAAGUACAACCAAAUGGAAAAAUUUUUAAAAAGGUUAUUCUCGGACACUAUAACUGGCUCUCCUAUGAAGACGUCUUCCUUAGAGCUCUUAAUUUUGGAAAUGGCUUACAGAUACUGGGUCAGAAGCCAAAGACCAACAUCGCCAUCUUCUGCGAAACCAGGGCCGAAUGGAUGAUUGCCGCGCAGGCGUGCUUUAUGUAUAAUUUUCAGCUUGUUACAUUGUAUGCUACUCUAGGCGGGCCGGCUAUUGUUCAUGGUUUAAAUGAAACAGAGGUGACCAACAUCAUUACCAGUAAAGAACUCUUGCAAACAAAGUUGAAGGAUAUCGUCUCCUUAGUCCCACGCCUGCGGCACAUCAUCACCGUGGACGGGAAGCCUCCCACCUGGUCCGAGUUCCCCAAGGGUGUCAUCGUGCACACCAUGGCCGCAGUGCAGGCCCUGGGGGCCAAGGCGAGCGCAGAAAACAAACCUCAUAGCAAACCAGCGCCCUCAGAUAUCGCAGUAAUCAUGUACACGAGUGGAUCCACAGGAUUGCCGAAGGGAGUCAUGAUCUCCCACAGUAAUAUUAUUGCUGGGAUAACUGGGAUGGCGGAAAGGAUCCCAAGGCUGGGAGAAGAAGAUGUUUACAUUGGGUAUCUGCCGCUGGCCCAUGUGUUAGAAUUAAGUGCCGAGCUCGUGUGUCUUUCUCACGGAUGCCGCAUUGGCUACUCUUCACCACAGACUUUAGCAGAUCAGUCUUCGAAAAUAAAGAAAGGAAGCAAAGGGGAUACAACCAUGUUGAAACCAACGCUCAUGGCAGCUGUUCCGGAAAUCAUGGAUCGGAUCUACAAAAAUGUCAUGAAUAAAGUGAAUGAAAUGAGUAGUUUCCAGCGCAAUCUGUUUAUUCUGGCCUAUAAUUACAAAAUGGAGCAGAUUUCAAAAGGGCAUGGCACCCCUCUGUGUGACAGGUUUAUUUUCCGAAAAGUACGCGGCCUGCUGGGCGGGAACAUCCGGCUUCUGCUGUGUGGAGGUGCCCCACUUUCUGCAGCCACACAGCGGUUCAUGAACAUAUGUUUCUGCUGUCCCGUCGGGCAGGGCUACGGGCUCACGGAGUCCUCCGGGGCCGGGACGAUCACGGAAGUGUGGGACUACAACACCGGCCGGGUGGGAGCACCAUUAGUUUGCUGUGAAAUCAAACUGAAGAACUGGGAGGAAGGUGGAUACUUUAAUACCGAUAAACCACACCCCAGGGGUGAAAUUCUUAUUGGUGGCCAAAAUGUGACAAUGGGAUACUACAAAAAUGAAGCAAAAACAAAAGCUGAUUUUUUUGAAGAUGAAAAUGGACAGAGGUGGCUCUGUACCGGGGAUGUUGGGGAGUUUGACCCUGAUGGCUGUUUAAAGAUUAUUGAUCGUAAAAAGGACCUUGUGAAACUCCAGGCAGGAGAGUAUGUUUCUCUUGGGAAAGUAGAGGCAGCUCUGAAGAACCUGUCACUCAUAGAUAAUAUCUGUGCGUAUGCGAACAGUUACCAUUCCUACGUCAUCGGAUUUGUCGUGCCAAAUCAGAAGGAACUGACGGAACUCGCCCGGAAGAAGGGGCUCCAGGGGACGUGGGAGGAGCUGUGCAACAGCUGUGAGAUGGAGAACGAGGUGCUCAAGGUGCUUUCCGAAGCUGCUGUUUCAGCGAGUCUAGAAAAAUUUGAAAUUCCAGUAAAAAUUCGUUUGAGCCCUGAACCGUGGACCCCCGAAACUGGUCUGGUGACAGAUGCCUUCAAGCUGAAACGCAAAGAGCUUAAAACACAUUACCAGGCGGACAUUGAGCGAAUGUAUGGAAGAAAGUAGCUCUUCUCUUUGAGCCUGGGCUGCUCCAGGGAGCUCGGAUCAAACAGGAAAAUACUUGAAGUGCAUGUCUCCAGCUGUGAGGCAAACCCCGUUCUUCAUAUUAAAACCUAAACUGUUACUUCUCAUGACGUCGCCAUUUUUACUGACAGGAUUAGUAAAACAUUAAGACAGCAAACUGGUGUCUGUCUCUUCUUUCUUCCCCCUUUUUCCAGCUUACCUUCCCACCUGGGACUGCCCUUGUCAGCAUGAGGACUUUUGGAAUCAUUUUGGGGAACGGUGAUUUUAAAACCUCAAGUUUUUAAACAUGAUUUAUAUGUUCUGUAUAAUGUUUGAGUUUGUAACUUUUUAAAGUUUGGAUGUAUAGAGGGAUAAAUAGGAAAUAUAAGAAUUGGCUAUUUGGGGGGCUUUUUUUACUUACAGUAUUUAAAAAAUGCAAGGGUAUGGAUGUGAAAUUAUGUAAAUUCAGACGCUUAUUGAAUCAAAUCAUUGUUGAACAAAAGAUCUGUUGCUGUGUAAUUAUUGUCUUGUAUGCAUUUGAGAGAAAUAAAUAUACCCACACUUAUGUUUUAAGAAAUUGAGACAUUGUGAAUAUAUGCCUGACAGCGUCUUCUUUAUAUAUUUAUUUUUUAUUAGGGAAACAAAGAAGUUUGGUUGGUGCUGCAUGACACAAACUAGCGCUAGGAUGUUAGGCUCGGUAGUGAAGACAAACACACGGCAGGUGUAGCCCAAUGGAUAAUUAGUCCCCAGUUGCUCACCUUCAGAAUGUUCAGGAUCUUCUAGGUGGCUUGGAAGAUAGGAAAAUAUCUAAGCUUUUUUUUUUUUUUAAGAGUUGGAAGCAAUGGUAAAAGUUGGAGUGGAAUUUAAAACACAAAGCAUAGAAAUCUAUUUCAUCGACCAUACGUACACUGAGUUGUCUAUAUUUAUAACACAUCAAUCUUGGAGAAUUAUUCUAGCCACUCCUGUACUUUUAGUCAAGAUGUGUAAUCCUGUCUCAAUUCAAAAUGAAGACUUUUUCCCUCUUAAUUGUUUGCACUGGUUGUGUGUGUGUGUCUCAGUGUCUGUUGGCAGCUUAUCAAAAAAGCACCUUACCCUUUCUGUGAAACAGAAAAUGAAAACAUGUAGAAUGCUUCUGAUACUGGCAUUCUUACUAAGAUACAUGAGAAUUUAAUUUAUACCGAGGUGACUUACAAUUUAAUUUGUAGGUUUUUAUGUUGCCAUAGGAGUUAUUUAUGAUUCCAGAAACACUGCUUGUGUGAAUACAUAGUCUUUGUGUGUGUUGCUUGCUUGUUGUUGCUUGAGCGUUAUCAAGAGUAAUAUUGCACCAACGAAGGAAGAGGUGUUCAAGUCAAGACUUAAAAAUAAAGGUACUGUGUUUUUUACAUCAUAUUGGUUAUUUUCUUGUUUCUCAGUUACUUUAGGCAUCAAAAGACAAAAAAGAAAAAAAAAAGGGAAAGUUAACAAUGUAGACCUCUGUAGGGGAGGGGGAGUGUUGAGACCCAGGGCCCUGUAGCUCGCUUUCACGUCACAUAUGCGUCAUAUUCAGAGAUACUGCAAUACGGCGUUCUGUUUUGAACUUUUCUUGUAUUUGUGUCUAUUUUAUGUUUGGAGUGCGUUUCUCCUUGUCAUGGUUUAAAUUUUCAUAAAAUCUGGGGAAAUUGCCAAGACGUUAAACUAUGAAAGAAAUGAAACGGAACAUAUCAGGAUGUUGCAAUCUAAAAAUUAAGUCUGGGCGGGUGGAGAAUCUGUUUCUGAUGCUUGAUCUUUAGUAUAACUGCUCUCAAAUGGCUUUUGAGAAGUUGUAUUUGGAAAAAAAGGUUCAGUGCUUCAAUGGAGAGAGCGAUAUAAUUGUGACUUGAAACAGCUUCUGAGGAGUAUGCAGCUUACCACUGAUUCUGAAUAAAAGUCGCUUCUUUUCAGAAGCAUUGAUGAAGGCUGGUUUAAUUUGCAUGUACUUCCAUUUUUCUUAUUUUUUAUAAUUCCUUUGUCCUAAAAUCUCAAAUGCCAGAUGUCAAAUGCCACAGCACAGUGUGAAAUUGAGCUUAAUCCACUUUGAAACAAAAUACUCUUUGAUAUAUUUUUAAAAUGAUAUAUUUUGAUAUUACCGUUUCAAAAAAACGAUUGGUUUAGAAACCAAAAAACGGUAAUUUUAUUAUAAAAAAAUGCCGGCUGAGUCAAGAGAUGCCUGGGAAGAAAAACUUUGAAGAAUUGCAAAAUAAGCUACUAACUCCAAUACAUCUGAAAAUGGACUAUAGGUCCUAAAAGAAUGAUUCCAAAGAACUUGUUUUCUGGAAAGAAGUUACGUCAGAAUUCUUCAGCCUUUCCUGUUACAGUAAGUCGAGUGGGUAAUAGAGGGCAGAUUAGUGGCUAACUGCGCUCCUCCUCCACCUCCCUUGUUGAGAUUUUUUUAGCCUCAACUUUAUUAAAAAUUUUUUUACUGACAACAAAAUAAAGUGGCCUCUACUUUAUAAGAACUGCUUUGUUUUUAAAUAAUGGCUCUGAUACCCAUGGUGUUCUCUAAAGCUUUUUCAGCCAUGUUUAAAAAUAGAUUAUCCUGGAAUGACUUUUUUGCUGGUAAAAUCAUAAAUUUUACAGUUUUUAAGCAGUUAUUCCCUGUGAUACAACUUUAAAACUUAAAAAUCUGUGUGAAUUGUUUCUUUUGUAAGAGAAUUAGGUACAUCUGUGACGUUUUAAAGGGGAUCCACUUUAAGUGUGUACAUACUGGACACUGAAAUGUAAUGCGUCCUUUAUACUUAACAGUUGGUUAUUCACUGCGAGUUCAUUUUCUCUGUAUUCUUGGUUAUUACUGUUUGCCGCCUGGGGAAGUGUACAUCAUAAAGAAGCAACAUGGCCUCAUGGUACAGACUAUUCAUUUGUAACUUGAUACCAAGUUUGGAGAAUAAAGAUAAUGUAAAAAGUU